CACUCCACCAGUCCCACUUCCUAUAAACCCUAACCCUAACCCUAACCCUAACCCUCUCCAUCGCCAUGGCCGCCGACGACGACUCCUCCCCCACUCCCCGCGUGGUCGAGGAGUGCCGCGGCGUGCUCCGCGUGUACAGCGACGGGUCCGUCUCCCGCUCCCCGGGCCCCAGCUUCCCCGUCCCCGUCCGCGACGACGGAUCCGUGGAGUGGCGCGACGCGCUCUUCGACCCCGGCCACGGCCUCCACCUCCGCCUCUACAAGCCCCGCUGCCGCCCCGCGGGGGCCAAGCUCCCCGUCUUCUUCUACUUCCACGGCGGCGGCUUCUGCAUCGGCUCCCGCACCUGGCCCAACUGCCAGAACUACUGCCUCCGCCUCGCCUCCGCCCUCGGCGCCCUCGUCGUCGCCCCCGACUACCGCCUCGCCCCCGAAGACCCCCUCCCCGCCGCCCUCCUCGACGCCGCCGCCGCCCUCGCCUGGCUCCGCUCCGCCGACGACGACCCCUGGCUCGCCUCCUCCGGCGCCGACCUAGCCCGCGUCGUCGUCUCCGGCGACUCCGCUGGAGGGAACAUCGCCCACCACCUCGCCGUCCGGUUCGGCUCCCCCGCCGCCCGGGCCGAGCUGAGCCCGGUCCGCGUCGUCGGGUACGUCCUCCUCAUGCCCUUCUUCGGCGGAGCCCAGCCGACCCGGUCCGAGUCGGAGUGCCCGGCCGACGCGUUCCUGAACCGGGACCUGAACGACCGCUACUGGCGCCUCGCGCUCCCGGCCGGGUUCGGUUUGGACCACCCGACGGUGAACCCGUUCGGGCCGGAGAGCCCGAGCCUCGAGCCGGUCGAGUUCGAGCCCGUGCUGGUCGUGGUCGGGGGGAAGGAUCUGUUGAGGGACCGGGGGGCGGACUACGCGGCUCGGCUGAGCCGGAUGGGGAAGCCGGUCGAGCUCGUCGAGUUCGAGGGGCAGCAGCACGGGUUCUUCACCAUCGACCCCUGGUCCCAACCAUCCGACGAGCUCAUGCGGAGGGUCAAGCGGUUCGUCGAGGAGUGUUGCGCCCGGUCCAGCUGAGCCGGGUUCGGAUUGGGUUGUGAGGUGGACUGUGUCCUUCCAUUGUUGGGAAAAUUGAAGGGAUAUUUGUAUUUCAAUAAGUACCUGAGAGUUGUAACUUCCACACUAUGACUAGUGUUCAUUUGGAACAGAUACUAGGUGCAUAUUAUAAUUCGUGUGCAAAAAUAUUCUGUACACGAAAUAAUCUUACAUUAUAUGCGAGGUUGCUCAGAUCUGAACAAUCCUAGAUUCAAUCUAGCAUUGGAUACUCAUAA